UCGUCCGGUCCCUGCGCUUCCCGCCCCUGACCUCUGGAGACUGAUUCCGAGUGUCGUUUUCGUCGCUCUGCCUCUCUCGCACUCAUGGGAUCCUGCAGACCCAUCCAGGGCGCCGUCACGUCCGAUAACCCCAUCGACCCCCUGCAGGCCCUGCAGGCCGUGGGACCGUGUCCACGAAGGCGUGUCCAAUCGAUGAGACCGCUUUCCUCAGCGCGCAGCCUGAAGACUGGAAGAACCGAGCCUCAGAUGCUUCCGGUACUCGAGCCAGCACACCCGGCACGAGCGCCGCGCGGUACAUGGCGUCGCCGCGGUCGCGGGUCGCGUGGCGGUCCAGUGACUACUGGGCGCGUGGCGAAGUCUUCUUCAAUGGACGCGUCGCACCGCCGUCGGGGUCCACCGUGCCGCGCCCUGCGUCCCCUACCCCCCUCCAUAAGUGGGGCCGCGCAGUCCUGGGGGGACGCGUCGUCCGGUCCGGAGGCGUGGACUCGUGGGACGGGGUUCACGUGCAGGACGAUGCCGCGGUCCAGUCCAACGAGGCCGGCAAGCAGCCCGGCGGCGACGCCCUGGACUACGCCGGCACGCCGCUCGCCCCCGUGGUGUACGGGCUGGCGGCGAGCGGCAUACUGCCCCUGGCCAUCCGACACCCCCGUGAGUCAGGUUCCGGAGCAGAGGUACCGAUUCGCUGCUUUCUCUUCCUCUCUCGCACUCUAACAGUGUGCGAGAGAGAAAGAGCGACGAAAGCUCCGCCUAUCCACGGCAGCCUUCCCGACGCUCUCAGCGCAGGUUUACCCAGCCUGCACCCGGGCCGCUCCACCCUCCUGUACUGCGGCAUGGUGUUCGCGGUGUGCACCGCCUCGCAGACGCUGGUGUGGAGUGACCAGUUGAUGGUAGCGAUCAGCUCGUCGGCCCGGUGGGACGACCGCCUGUUCGCCGUGGAGGUGCUGGUGCUGCUGGUGCCGCAGCUCUUCGCGCCCUACGCCUGGGUGUGCACCUCCACCUUCAGGAAGAUCCUGCAGGACUUCGCCAAGUACGAGGCGCUGCAUGCCUCGAUCGCCAGCACGCCGCUGGCGCCGCGCUGGGUGCGCCGACGCCGCCUCUUGGCGAGGAUCAUCAUCUCCUCCUGCUUCAGCGGCACCGCCUGUGUGCUGCUGGGCAUCACCUUUCUCAAGCUGCGCUACUUCUACUUCCCCGCCGCCUUCUACUCCAUGAUGAUCCAGUUCCUGGUCACGCUCUUCUUCGCCACGCACCACCACCAGCUGUGGGAGGCGGCCAGGGCGAUCUGCGCGGAGCUUCACCAGGUGGGCCACUGGAAUGCCGCACGCCUCAAACAAACCGUCGGCAAGCCUGCCUGUCGACCUGUCUCUCUCGCGCUCUUGCGGGACGCCCCACGAGUGCGAGAGAGACGAGUGCGGAAUCAGUGUGCUGCUGCCGCCAUUUGGCGCUCACUCCAACCCUUCUCCCGGUGCCAGAUUCCGGUGGCGUCGGGCCCGGCGGACUUGCAGGCCGGCGAGCAGGACAAGCAGGCCGGGCUGCGCGCCAUCGGCGCCAUCCGCGACGGUCACCGCCUCUGGGUCGCCCUGCGGACGCUGUACAACCACACCGAGUACUGCUUCCUGGACGUGUUCCUGCUCCUGCACCUGUUCCUCAGCCUGCUGCUGGCCACCUACAUGUUACUCGUGUUCGUGGCCUCCGGCGUCCUCUACAGCGCGGCCAUCGAGAUGCUGAUGGUCGCCACGGCCUUGCUGCAGCUCGGCCUCAUCACCAAUGGGGCGCACUACGGCACGGAGCAGAUGUGUGGCCCCGUGGUCGAUGCUCUGGACAAGCUCUCCAUCGUCACGGACGACCCUCAACUGUUCCAAACGGUUAUGUUGUUCUACCAGUCUGUGGUUGCGUUCCCGGCUGCUGUUUCACUGAGUGGUUUCACGUCCGUCGGUCGGCCUCUCUUUACCUCGGUCAUCUCCGCGACGGUGACGUACAUGGUGAUCCUGAUACAGUUUCAGCAGGGUGUUCACGACACGCUCCAGACCAACGCCAGUCAUGUCGAUCCCCACAUUCAGCAAAAUUCAGAAGUUGCUCGAUAAAUAGUUGUACGCACUGAAAUGAGACGUGGCUCCAAGAAGAUUUCAACCCAAACACAUUUUUCAUUUUAAAAAAAUUAUUAAAAAAUGUUGUCACUUUGAGCACACUAGCACACAUUAUCACCCUUGACAUGAUUUUCGCAAAAAUAAAUCACGUUAACGACUA